AUGAAGUUCGUUCAGGUUUUAUCUGCUAUCUUACCGGUAGCUGUAGCUCAAACCAGCUGCGAGCAGUACGCAGUGUUUUCAGGUGGUAACGGAUAUACAGUCAGCAACAAUCUCUGGGGAAAAUCUGCAGGUAGUGGCUUCGGCUGCGUUACCGUAAACUCACUCAGCUCGUCUGCCUCCUGGCAUGCAGACUGGCAGUGGUCUGGCGGCCAAAACAAUGUCAAGUCCUACCAAAACGUCCAGAUCGGCAUUCCUACAAAGAGAAUUGUCAACAGCAUUGGCAGCCUGCCCACUACUGCCAGCUGGAGCUACUCUGGAAGCAACCUCCGCGCCAAUGUAGCCUAUGAUCUCUUCACUGCGUCGAAUCCCAACCAUGUGACCUAUUCCGGGGAUUAUGAGCUCAUGAUCUGGCUCGGAAAGUAUGGAGAUAUCGGUCCCAUUGGAUCUUCUCAAGGGACUGUCAAUGUCAACGGUCAAAGCUGGACGCUUUACUACGGUUACAACGGAGCAAUGCAAGUUUAUAGCUUUGUGGCGCCCUCCACCAUCACCAACUGGAGUGGAGAUAUCAAGAACUUCUUCAACUAUCUACGAGACAACAAAGGAUACCCGGCCUCAAACCAAUAUGUUCUCAGUUUCCAGUUUGGUACUGAGCCGUUUACAGGCAGCGGAACGCUGAAUGUGGGAUCCUGGACAGCAGCUAUUAACUAA